AUGGUGCCGGAUCUCAAGCGCUACGAGGGCCGGCUCGGCCGCGGAGACGCGACGGUGGACGGCGGCUACUACACCGUGACGACGGACGCGCGCCCGCUGAUCGGCCCGCGGGGGCCCGCGAACGCGUUCCUGUGCGGAGGCAUGGGCACUUACGGCCUCAUGGCCAGCCCGGCCGCCGGGGAGUUGGCCGCUCUGCAUGCCCUGGGCGGGGAGCUGCCCUCCUACGCCGGGGCAUGCUCGUGGCCGCGGCAGGACGCGCCUCCCCUCGUGGGCGGGCAUGUGGACCUGCUGGACGACUCCGCUUCGAUGUCCCCGCCUCCCUGA